AUGUUAUCGUCAUCGAUUACUUUUUACUUAUCUUUACUUUUGUGCUGUUCAGUGUUUUUCUUAACCGUGGUCGGUGAAGUGAAUCGUCCAACUGUGGGUGUCAUUCGAUGGGAUGCUUGGAACAUGAUUAACGGACAAUAUGAUUACAUAUCAAACCGUAGUCGUAAUUGGUUCAUUCCUCAGCAGUAUCAUUAUCGUUUACCAUUUUUUGCCCAAAUUCUAUCAGAAAAUAAUAUAACAUUGAAUGAAGACACACAAGAAGUGAUGGAUCAAGAGAUCCUUUAUGCGAAACUUGCAGGUUUUGACUACUGGGCAUUUGAUACUUACUGUGCCUAUUCAUCGAAUUGUACAUCAAAUUCGUCAUUUUGUAAUGAAUACAUACAUGAUAUUGCACCUGAUUAUUGUGUUUACAAUCCGGCAUAUGGAUUGAAUCGAUAUUUAUCAAGUCAAUAUGUAUCUUUCAUCAAUUUCACACUUUUACUAUUAGGUUCAACAAUCUGUGAUUCUGACUUACAAGAUUAUUAUAUAGAUUUAAUGGCGCGACCCCAAUAUCAAACUGUUCUAGACGGUAGACCACUUGUAUACCUAUUUCAAUUCUCUGAUAAACAAGCUCAAUUUUGUGGCGGUAAUUGGACGGGUUCUAAGCAAGUAGUUGAUGGUUUUCGACAAAGAUGCACACAACGAGGUAUAUUUUGCUAUAUCGAUCACAAUGAUGAAACGACUUCUCGUUUGUUUUUGAUUAUGUUAGGUUUAAAAGAUCCGUAUAUGGUUUAUAUGAGUCAAAACAUAUUAGAAGCUAAAAAGAAUGGUCAAGCGUUAGGUUUUAAUGCUAUUUCCUCUUAUGGUGUUAAUGGUGGUGGCACUAAUCAGGGCGCACCGUUCAGCGAUAAAGUUCAACAGAAUGAACAAUGGUGGAAUGCUGUAGUUGGAAGCGGCGCCAAAGUAGUCAUACCUCUUUCGACUGGAUGGGACACACGGCCACAAACUCGUAAUGGGACUGCUCCGUAUUAUUUACAACCUUCCGACGAAGAAUUACAAAGUUUUAUGCGUAGUGCAAUAAAAAUCACUUGUGAGAAUAGAAAUGUAACCGAGGCAAAUACAGUUCUUGUCUAUGCUUGGAAUGAAUGUGCUGAGAAUGGUGCGGCAUUGAUCCCGUCGUUGGGAAACGGUACGUACUUUGUCAACGCCCUUUCAAAAACACUUCCCAUGUUCUGCUAA